ACUAGGCGGCAGCUGGCAGAUAUGAUUAGAACGCAACUGCGCAUGUCCAAGUGACAUUAUUCAACAAACAUGGCGGCGCCCUUCAUAACAGCAGCCAGGGCAGCACUGAAAGGUGUGCACCUUUCUCCAUGUCGCUGGCUCCCGACUUCCAGGAGUCACACCCCGGCACUGUAUCAGUGUCUGCGGCUGAAUGCUCCACAAUGUCGGCCGCUCCAUGUCUCCCCUGCUGCCUCCCUGUGCAGCUCCAGGACAGAGACACAGAGGAGCACCCAGCCUCACACCACAGCCAGUACCAAGCCAGGUGACAAGAAAGCAGCCGAGGAAGAGGAGGAGGAGGAGGAAGACGAGGGUCCUGAGUAUAUCCCCAAGAGGAAAGCAAAGAACCCCAUGAUGAAGAUAGGUUAUGCCUGGAUGAUUGGCCUCCCCUCAGGUGUCAUCGGCUUCGUGUUGGCCAAGAGGGAAGUAGACAAGAACCGCCUGAAGCAGCUUAAGAUACGACAGAGGAUGAAGAGGUCCAACGAGGGAGACUAUGACGGAAGUCGCUACCGCAAUCAUCCUGCAGAGAACGUUAAACCAGACCAAUAAUGUACAUGCAGGGCUGCGGGGAUUUGCAUCAAAUCCUGAAUGUCACUGAACCCUUCACUGCAGGACGAAAGACUCAGCAGAGACAAAUGCUUCAUGAGUUCAAACAUCCAGUGAUGCUGUUGAGAUGUUGAGAAGUAUGUGAAUGUUUCCUCUUGAGGAAGGUGCUGGAGAUGAAGGAGUGAAUGAGCUGGUGACUGAGCCUUUAAUCAGGACAGCAGGAUCACAGUGUGUACAGGGAAUUCUGCUUUUGAACUACUGACUUGCUUUAUCAUGAUAUUUUGGAGUAAAUGACUAUGAUCAAGCUGAACUAGUUCGUCCAGUAGAUCAGAACAACCAUCAGCUUUGAAACGGUGAUAAUGGCCGUGACAUCAUCCAAAUGGGAACAUGUGCCCUGAGCAAAGCAGGUCCUCAAAAAGUGUCACUUAGAUUGAUUUAUGAACUUUUGAACACAAUGUGACCUUCUCUCUUUAGUCAUUAUGAUUAUUUUUUAACCACAAACAGCUGCAUCAACGUUCAUUUAAAGCCAACAGACUGCAUUGACCUCUCCCUCUUUGCAUCACUGUGUGACUUGUGUGUUUCACAGAAACUGUGUUGGAUCCAAAAUAACCAUUUAAAAGACACAACACAAACAAGCUCUCUGACUGAGGCAGCUUUGACAAGCAACCCCUGUUUCCUGUAGCAGAAAAAUGACUGUAUUCUUUAGAGAAACCGAUAUCAAAGCUGUGAUGGUAUCAAGAAAGCAUCCCACUCUUAAACAAAGAGCUCUAUCUCUGUAGGGAUCUUUUCUGUAAUACUGUGACACAUUCAGAAUACAAAUCUGAACCUGAAGUGACAUAAUGAGCUCACUAAGCGGGCAGACUUUGAUCAGGUGCAUUAGCCCCCAAAGAUUAUUUUGUAGCACGACAGUCUGCUACCAGCUGGAGAAAAUACUGGAGCAGUUCCAAAUUGCUUAAAACCCAAGCGGCAACCUCCGGUCUCACAAUUUGAAGCCCAUGCUGAAGUGUUAUAAACUGCAGUUCAUUGAGCGUCUGCUUGAGGCUGACUGCAGAAACACAGGAAACCACAUACACACCCAUUCAAAAAAGCUGAUUCAGAAGAUUUUAAGAUUACGAGUUUUGCCCAUUUAAGGACAUGACUGACUUGAUUGACAGGCGGGAACACUGUAGCUGUUGGCAAGGAGGCUCAAAGCCCGCCUCUUUAUGUCACACUAGCUCGACAGAAGUUAGGUUGAGUACAGCAUUUCCAAUAUGGCUCCUGCCGACUAUUGGCUUCAAAACAGCGCUUCAGGACAGAUGGGUAACGUCAUCGAUACUACGUCCAUUACUAACAUUAUUUAUACAGUCUAUAAUUAACCCCCUUGAGUUAUUUACAAGUGUUUUAAAAAAGUUCCAUGGUUUAAAACAUCUGGAAUUGCCCUUAAAGGUUGAACCUGUAAAAUGAUCACAUAUUCUAAUCCAUGAGAUGAUUGUUCUAUAAAUGCAGCAGAGGAAAUAAAUGUUUAUUUAUAAUUGUUGCUCAGUUUUUAUUUAUAUAACUCUGAUUUAUAACACAAUGAAAACAGCAGGUGUAGACUUUACUCUUUGUUUAUAUAGUGUGGAUUUGUAAAUAACCACUGGUACAACAUAUGAAGUUUAAGAAGCACAUAGAAACUCACAAAUACAAAUCUUUAUUUGAUAAUAAAAAGCAACAAAUCA